GAGAUAAAACAAAACACUCUCAAGACAGCGUAUCUGCUUACACAUCGGGUCUUAGUACUAGACAAUAGCAUGGAGAUCAAGACAGCGGUGAUCCUUGUGGCCUGUUUGUUAUUAGGCGUCAGCAACAGAGGCACUGCAGGAGGGUGCAGAACUUCAGACAUUGUUGUCCACACGGACACCUGGCCAGAUCCGGGAGGAAGGCCAGAGUACUUUGUGAACCUGGUGAACAACUGCGCCUGCACGCAGAAGAACGUGAAGCUGGCGUGCCCAGGGUUCAAGUCUUCCAUCGAGGUCUACCCGGACACCGCCAUCAAGCCAGACGGCGACGGCAAGCUCUGCUCCCUUAACGGCGGCGGCCCGAUAGGGCCUAAAGAAAAGGUCUUCUUCAACUACGAGUGGAGUACCAAGUUCAGCUUCGACCCCGUAUCCUCCACCAUCAUCUGUUAGAUAUAUAACGCGAAUAAAUGAUAUCAUGAUCAUAUCACAAAUAUGUUUCCAUAAUAAUAAAAAGAUAUAUUUCUGUUCUAGUAAUAAAAGAUUUGGAUUAUGAUUAUUGGAACUCUUGAAUGGCCGAAUGGAUAAAUUUAAGGAAAA